AUGAGAGGUAUAGGAAGUAUAGAAAAUGUAGGAAGUAUAGGAAGUAUACAAGGUAAUGGAGGUUAUGUAGGUAUACGAGGCAAUGGUGAUAUACAAGGUAUACGAGCUAUCGGAGGUAUAGAAGGUAAUGGAGAUAAUGGACAUAUAGAAUAUAUGGGAGGUAAUGAAGGUGUACGACGUAUGGUAGGUACUGAAUUGCUUAUCAUUCUCACUUAG